UUUUCAAAAUUUAACAAAAAGGAAGAACAAUCCCAAAUUCGAAUUUUGAUGUUUGAACUUGAACUAUCUCCAACUUUAAUUUCUAAUAUAAACAGUUAAAAAUGGCCAAUCGUUUUCCAAUCAUUCUACAACACCACAGGCUCCCCAAUUUGGCCGCUGUUCAUCCUAAUGCUUCCAUUUCUUGUUCUCAAUUACUGAAGAGGACUAGGAAUCUAAGUAGUUAUCGGUUGACCCGCCGGUUGGUGUUCGGGAUUGGGGUUUCAUUUUGGGCUCAAUUCAUGAGCAUGGCUGGUAAAUCUGGCACCAGUUCUUUCAUUGCAUCAGCUAGGACAAAAGGUGCUGUUGAACAGAUACUGCAGAAUGUAGAAUGGCCAGAAAAAUUUCCUUUCAAGGAAGAAGAUUUCCAGCGCUUCGAUGAAUCAUCGGAUUUAGUUUUCUAUGAAUCUCCACGUUUUGUAACUCACAUCGAUGAUCCAGCCAUUGCAGCUCUUACCAAGUAUUACAAAGAGGUUUUUCCUCCAAGUAAUACUCCAGGGGUAGCUCUUCUCGACAUGUGUAGCAGUUGGGUGAGUCAUUUUCCUGCAGGAUAUAAGCAAGAGCGUAUAGCGGGUAUGGGUCUUAAUGAAGAAGAGCUCAAGGCGAAUAAAGUCCUCACCGAGUACAUCGUGCAAGACCUAAACAUGAACCCUAAGCUUCCGUUUGACGAUAAUACCUUUGAUGUUAUCACAAAUGUGGUUAGCGUUGAUUAUUUGACAAAACCGAUUGAGGUAUUCAAGGAGAUGUGCCGGAUUCUUAAGCCAGGUGGAAAGGCUAUAAUGAGCUUCUCGAAUCGCUGUUUCUUUACAAAGGCAAUAUCAAUAUGGACGUCAACCGGCGAUUCGGAUCAUGUUAUGAUAGUUGGAGCAUAUUUUCACUAUGCCGGAGGAUUUGAACCACCUCAGGCUGUAGAUAUAUCCCCGAAUCCUAGCCGUUCUGAUCCAAUGUACAUUGUCCACUCGAGAAAACUGGCAGCAGCGUGAAAACCAGAUAUUAUAUGCGGCUGAAAAACGACACUCUUAAUUGACGGGUUAAAUGCAACCUUAGGAACACAAAGACACCAUUCGAUUUUUAUAGAAUUGUUUUGUAUUCGAUAUCGAAUUUGAUUGCUUUGUUGUAUAAUUUGUACUUUACAUUUAGGUAAAAUGUUAAUCAUAAUGAAUAAACUCUUUUAUCAUC